UCAACACUCAUCGGGAGCGCGGCUAUCAUCUCCUCCGGUUUCUUCCAUCGGUUUUACUGUGAUUCGUCUGUGAUCCAGAUAGUCUUCUCCACAGGAUUGAAAUGUUACAUUUUCGGUCAACGGUAGCGCUCAAGGAGUUAUUUCAGACCCAGCUGAAGCGUCCGUUGACAGGUAGAGUCGGUGUGAAAGCAGCACCUGCGACCGCCGCCUGCUUGAGCACCCUUACUUCGGAUGGGAGGUUGCCGGCCAGAGGGAGGGCAUUUGCCGGGUGGAGAGCCCCGCAGCACUUCACCAGAAAGCACGGCGUGAGAGGCUUUUGCUUCAAGGGCGACGGCCACAAUGAAGCCGCCAAGGACUCUUCAGCGGAGAAGAGAAGGAAGGCAGGCAUCCUGCCCAGUCUGGAGGACUUGCUCUUCUACACCAUUGCAGAGGGCCAGGAGAAAAUCCCUGCACACAAAUUCACCACAGCUCUUAAAGCCACAGGGCUUCGCACAGGAGACCCCCGGCUCAAAGAAUGUAUGGAGAUGCUGAAGGUGACCUUGAAGACGACCUCUGACGGAGCGCUGGACCGACACCUCUUCAAAAAAUGUGUUCAGAGCAACAUUGUUCUGCUAACCCAGGCCUUCAGGAAGAAGUUUGUCAUCCCAGACUUCCAGUCCUUCUGCGCCCACAUCGACGACCUCUAUGAAAACGCCAAAAACCUAUCAGGAGGGCAGGUGGCAGACUAUAUUCCCCAGCUGGCCCGCUUCAGCCCGGACCUGUGGGCCGUCGCCCUGUGCACCGUCGAUGGACAGAGGCACACUGUCGGCGACACCAAGGUUCCUUUCUGUCUCCAGUCUUGCGUCAAGCCGCUGAAAUACGCCAUCGCUGUUCACGACCACGGCACAGAGUACGUUCACCGCUUUAUCGGCAAAGAGCCCAGCGGUCUGCGAUUUAACAAGCUCUUCCUGAACGAGGACGAUAAACCACACAACCCCAUGGUGAAUGCCGGUGCCAUCGUCUGUACCUCCCUCAUUAAGCAAGGGGCAAGCAAUGCUGAAAAGUUUGAUUAUGUCAUGAACUUUAUGAACAAACUGGCAGGAAACGAGUAUGUGGGCUUCAGCAACGCCACUUUCCAGUCGGAGCGAGAGUCUGGAGACAGAAACUUUGCCAUAGGCUACUACCUGAAGGAGAAGAAGUGUUUUCCGGAGGGGACAGACAUGACCUCCAUCCUGGACUUCUACUUCCAGUUGUGCUCCAUCGAGGUGACCUGUGAAAGCGCCAGUGUCAUGGCAGCAACUCUGGCCAACGGCGGCUUCUGUCCAAUCACCGGCGAGCGCGUGCUGAGCCCAGAGGCGGUGCGAAACACUCUGAGUCUGAUGCAUUCCUGCGGCAUGUACGACUUCUCCGGACAGUUUGCUUUCCAUGUGGGUCUGCCGGCGAAGUCUGGUGUCGCUGGUGGGAUUCUGCUGGUUGUACCCAACGUGAUGGGCAUCAUGUGUUGGUCUCCUCCUCUUGACAAACUGGGCAACAGUGUCAGAGGCAUCCAGUUCUGCACGGACCUGGUUUCUCUGUGUAACUUUCACAACUAUGACAAUCUGAGGCACUUUGCUAAGAAACUGGAUCCUCGCAGGGAGGGAGGAGACCAGAGGGUGAAGUCAGUGAUCAAUCUGCUGUUUGCUGCUUACACUGGAGACGUCUCAGCCCUGAGGAGGUUUGCUUUGUCCUCUAUGGACAUGGAGCAGAGGGACUACGACUCCAGGACAGCCCUGCAUGUGGCGGCUGCUGAAGGACACACCGAGGUGGUUCGCUUCCUGCUGGAGGCCUGUAAAGUCAACCCGGUCCCCAGAGACAGGUGGGGGAACACGCCGAUGGAUGAGGCCGUCCACUUCGGCCACCACGACGUCGUAACCAUCCUCCGCGAUUACCACAACCAGUACAGCCCUCAGGACAGCACUGCUGACAAGCAGAACGCAGAGACCAACCUGGACGGUAUGCUCUGAUGGAAAACACGUAAGAACACGAACACUGAACCUCUGAAAGAGAAGCCGCUGUCCCUCCAGUGUAAAAGCUCUUCAUCAUGUUGUUAGUAGAUGUUGUUGGUUUUUGUAUUAUAUUCAUAUGUGUAUCACGAGUGAGGAAACCUUUUUUAUUUCAGUUUUUCCUUCUGUGUUUUGUCGUCAGCGUGGUAGGAAACGACCAGCCAUCAGCUGAAUGCUGGGUAAAUUUGGCGGUGGCUGGUAAGUCGAUGGACUCCCCUCAUUUUCCUUUAAGGUGUUUUUAUUCUGAAAAGCUGAAAAAGAACAAAUAGUUUAACUACAGUAAUGACCCCAUUAAAAAAAACAAACACUCUCCUCACUUCAUCAUCACUACAUGGUGGAAUGUAUCUCCCCCCAGACACUUGGUGUGUGUGUGAUAUUUAUUUAUCUAUUUAAGAUAACUACGUUCAUGUAGUGUGUGUAUAUUCCUGAGUGUAAAUACGUACAGGUGUAGCUUGGAUCAGCAGGUGUGUCAUUAUGCUCCCACCACCAAAAACUGGACUUUUAGAUUUCUGUCCUUUGUUGUAUUAGUUCCUAUUUAUUUAUUUUGUUGAAGCAUGUCCGCCAAAGUUCAGGUUGUUUCACCGCUGAAGUUUCAAAGUUUCUACAUAUCUGAUAGACACUGCCAGCGCGCCGUUAACAUGUUUGUUCAGUGUUUGUAGCUUGAGGCUCGGUCGCACUCAGCAAUGGGAAAUAUGUUUUAUUUAUCUCCACUGUUUGGUGUCGUCUUCUGAUUCAUGUGCAUUAUUAUUAUUAUUGUUAUCUCACGCUAACCUUUUAGCGAGUCCUCUGGAGAGUUUCCCUUCACAUGUUGAGACGUACACGUAUGUGACAAUUAUGGAAUCUUGUAUUGUGUGUUGGGCUUCGCCGGUCAGCCGGCCAAUCAGAGUGCCAGCUGCCGACAGACACGUGAAUGGAGUCCGGUCCAAACAGUCAGAUAUUUUCCUUUGUUGAGUGAACGAGUUUGUUUCAUUUCAUGCUUUUAAUACAGACAUGUGAAGUGUUGACUGCGUGAUGUAUCACAUGAAUUCUGACGGUUUGUAUGUAAACACUUGUUCGUGCGGAGGAAUCAGGAAACUAAACUGGACGAGCUUUAUGAUCCGGAUUGUUUGGAUUUCAUCCAUAAAAGAAUCUGUCACACAUUUUAAAGAGAUUGUGCCGAUGUUGUUUUUCCAGAGGGUUUGAGUGUUUGCAUGUUGCUUCUGAACCACGUGAUCAACAUGUAUUAAAAUUCAAAGUCCAAACUUUGUUGAACGUUGCAGCAGUGGAAAACAAACACGUCUGUUCCUCGGGUUGGGAUCAGUUCAUUCAGUUAAACUGCAGCUGCAGUGCUGUGGAAAGAGUUAGAGCAAUGGUUCCACGAUGAACAGGGCGACCGUGGGUCUGAUUCCUGUGCUACGAACUGAACUCCACCUGCAGCUCCGCCCACUCAGCUGUCGUCAGUGAAAUGAGGUGAUUUCUGAUUGAAUAUUCUGAAUGUCACGUGUUUGGUGUCGAUCUCUUUCUUCUUGUACAUUUAUGCUGCUUCAGCUGACGACUGUCGCAGGCAGUCCAGAUAUUUAUUCACACGUUCAACAUGUUUAAUACAAGUUAGGAAAACCUAUGGGAUGAGGAUUUCAUUUCAGCUCAGUAAUAACGUUACAGCAAUGUUAUGAUGAGUGUGCUGAAAGAAAGGUGUGGUGAGGCUGUGAGGGGCUGGUCAGAGCUGGGGUGUGGCCUGCCCAGUUUUUAUCUGUUUGUUUGGUUAAAGCUGCUGCAGAUUGCAAACCUAGAACCUUGUUGGUUGGACUUUGCCUGCACGGCUCUGACGAUGGAAACCUCAGACGCUGGACCCUGUGGCUCGCUGUGGUGGAGGCCUGGGUGAUCAUUGCUGUUAGUGAAGAGUGAAGCCAAUGAUACGGUUUCAUAAAUAAAUGGAAUAGAUGUUUAUACCGUUCACAGACAUAAAUUCUUACUUUAAUUCACAAUUUCCAAUGAAUCAGAGUGUUUUCAAAGUAUUUCUUCCACAGCUGAAGAUUUUCAGAAUCACAUUGUUAAUUUCCACAGUGGGGAUUAUUAUGGAGUUUAAAUUUCAUUUCACAAAAACAGAUGUAUGUACAAAAAUAAAGUGACAUCCUGCUUAAACGAGA